AUGUCUAAGGAGGAGGACAUUCUUGGGCUCAUCGAGCUGCAAUACGACCGGCAGCACCGCAUGGAGCGGCUGCUGGACAAUGCACGCAAGUCCGGUCAACUGAAGUCAGUUGGCGGGUUGACGUCUCGUUUGCAGGUUCUCGACACGUACUGGGCUCAGUUCCAGGAUGAUCAUCGCACGAUCCGAGCGUCUCGCCUCAAGACCGUGCGAGAGUCGGACUACGUGCGACAGGAUGCCUGUGGCACGGUACAGGAAGUCUACAUUGCGCAGCGCGCAGAAAUCCAAACCCUGCUCGAUGGGUUGAAGGUUCAGGAGGCUGAGUCGGCUGCUCACGCAGUCCCCGCGCAGGCAGUAGUGCCCGAGGCUUCGUUGCCUCGCAUUCCCAUUCCGAAGUUCGAAGGGAAGUUUGACGAAUGGCGCAAUUUUAAGGAUCUCUUCGAGUCCUUAAUAGUCGAUAACCCGUCGUUAGCAUCAGUUCACCGGAUGCAUUAUUUAAAACAGAGCGUGUCGGGAGAGCCUGAACGUCUGCUCCGGCACUACGGCGUCGCUACUGGCUCGUUUGAGCAAGCGUGGGAAGCGCUAUGUGCACGGUACGAUAACCGUCGUUUGCUUGUGGACCAGCAUCUCGACGCUUUCCGGGAUAUUGGCCCGAUGCGUCCGGAGAGCGUCUCCGAGGUUCGGAGGCUGUUGGAUCGAGCCAGCGAGCUGCGAGCCGCCUUGCGCCUUCUUGACCAGCCAGUGGAUGCUUGGGACGUGAUAUUGGUCAAUAUCCUCCGUUCCAAGCUGGACUCUGCAACGCGGCGGGCCUGGGAGAUGGCCACCGCGGACCGGCGCGAGCCAGUGAGCUGGGACCGACUGGCAGUCUUCCUGGACGAGCGUCGGGUGGCGCUCGAGGCGGUUGCCGUGGCUCCGUCCAUUGGGGACGGCCCCCGUGCCUCAUCGGCAUCCGAGCGGACUGGUCGACGAUCGCUACAUCUUCAUCGGCCCAAGCCGACCCGUUGCGCUGAGUGCGGUUCUGAGCAUGGACUCAGAGAGUGUUCGGCCUUUAAAGAUCGGCCGGUCUCUUCGCGACGGGCAAGGGUGCGCGCUCUCGGGUUGUGCUUCAACUGCCUCGAUCCGUCGCACCAGGCGGCCGCUUGCCCGUCUAAGGGUCGAUGUCGGGAGUGCGGAGAGCCGCACCAUUCACUUCUGCACUCCGCUCGGCAGUCUCCGGCCCCGGCGUCGGGGGAGGCGCCGGUCACGGCGCAUGCUGCGACGCGGAUGCCUGCGCAGCGAGUGCUUCUGGCCACAGCCAGGGUUUGUCUGAUGGCGUCCGAUGGCCGAUCCGCUGUGGUUCGAGCGCUCAUUGACCAGGGCUCUGAGGUGAGCCUGGUGUCCGAGGCGCUUGCGCAGCGGCUGCGAGCGUCUCGUCGAUCGGUGGAUGUUGGGCUGUCGGGCGUCUCAGAGGGGCCCCCUCAGCGGGUGCGGGCCAGCACGUCAUUGCGGCUCAGGGCAACUGCUGGCCUCCCGUUCUCCACCACGGUGGAGGCCCUCAUUCUACCGAGGCUUACGGCGUACCACCCCCCGCAGAGGGCUUGGCUGACGGGGAAGUGGUCGCAUUUGAGGAACCUCCGGUUGGCAGAUGAUCACGAUGAUGACGAGCGCAUCGAGGCGAUACUUGGAGCGGAGGUAUUCGCCGAGAUCGUGUUGACGGGGCUUCGCCGGGGCCCACUGGGAGCUCCCGUCGCGCAGCGUACCCGCUUGGGGUGGGUGCUGUUCGGGGCUCUCCCGUCUGCCGCCGGAGCGGGCGGCCCUCAUUGUCAUGUGGUGCAGUGUGCGUCGGACAACAUGGCGGAUCUCUUGCGGCGCUUCUGGGAGGUGGAGGAGAUUCCGGUUGCUUCCCCGCUCUCUGAGGAGGAGCGGGCUUGUGAAGAGUUUUUCGCGGCGUCCUUUCGACGUCGUGCGGACGGCCGCUAUCAGGUGCGGUUGCCUUUCAGAAGCCCUCCGACUGAGCUGUCUCUCGGCGACACUCGGCGGAUUGCCACUGCCUCGUUGCAUCGCUUGGAGCGGCGACUGCUUCGGCGGUCUUCCUUGGGCGGGGCCUAUCGCGACUUUCUUGUUGACUAUGAACGACAGGGGCAUAUGAUCCGCCUGCCGCUCAAUGUCGAGACCCCGCGGCCCUCUUACUUUAUUCCACAUCACCCGGUGAUUAAACAAGCCCCCGAGCUUAAGGUAAGAGUGGUGUUCAACGUCUCGCAGGCGUCCACCAAUGGCCGGUCAUUGAACGACUUGGUGCACGUGGGGCCGCGCUUACAGCGAGAACUGGGCGAGAUUCUACUUGCCUGGCGCAUGCAUCGAGUGGCCUUCUCUGCAGACAUCGAGCAAAUGUUUCGUCAAGUGCGGGUGGCUCCGGAGGAUCAACACCUCCAACAGAUUCUCUGGCGAGACAGCCAGACGCAGGCAAUAUCGGUGUACCGGUUGACCACGGUCACCUAUGGCAUGGCGUGCGCUCCUUAUCUGGCCAUCCGCACGCUGCACCAGCUGGCGCUGGAUGAGCGGGAACGUUAUCCCCGGGCAGCAGACUUACUUUGUCGACAAACCUACGUCGACGAUAUUCUUGCGGGGGCAGAUGACCUUGGGGAGGCACGCCAUCGACAGCGUGAGCUGGGCAGCUUGCUCAUGGCGGGCGGGUUCCGACUCAGGAAGUGGGCGGCCUCACAUCCGGAACUCUUGUCCGGUAUCCCGGAGGGGGACCGCGAGCCUUUGGUGCCUCUGCCGGACCCUGGGGCCGUGGGGGCAUCUGUGCUGGGGGUCGGUUGGAUUCCGGUCGAAGAUGCAUUCUGCUUUUCGGUCAACCCCGGGGCUCAAUCAGCCAUCUCGAAGCGUGGCAUCUUGUCAGUCGUUGCGCGAUUAUACGACCCCCUGGGCUGGUUGGGGCCUAUGGUAGUACUGGCGAAGAUCCUCCUUCAGGACUUGUGCACCGGGCUCGCGGAGGUUUCCGCGAUCCGAGUUCCUCGCUGGACCGGAUGGUCGCCUGAAGUGGAGAUCCAGCUUCACGGCUUCUCGGACGCCUCGGAGCGGGCGUACGCCGCCGUCAUCUACUUACGAGCUCGACGGUCUGAUGGGACCACCCGUGUCGCUCUAUUGGCGUCCAAGACCAGGGUCGCCCCACUAAAGCGGGUAUCGUUGCCCCGCCUGGAGCUGUGCGGUGCGCAGCUGCUCUCGCGCCUCAUGAAGGCCAUUGUGGAGGCGCUCGGUUCUGCCGAGGCCUCCCUGGUUUGUUGGACCGACUCCUCUGUCACGCUCCAUUGGAUAACAGGGCAUCCAUCUCGAUGGACCACCUUUGUCGCCAAUCGCGUCUCGUACAUUCACGAGAGCCUUCCGCGGGCCUCGUGGCGGCAUGUCCCGUCCGGCGACAAUCCCGCGGAUUGCGCCUCCCGGGGUUUGUUGGCCGGCGGGCUACGAGAACACGCCCUUUGGUGGCGUGGCCCCUUUUGGCUUGUCGAGGACCCGGCGGGCUGGCCGGGUCUAACUUGUGUCGCGGUCGACCGAAGCAUUAGCGAGGAACGGCGCAUGGUUCACGUGGUGGCCGUGAACCCGGAGGACUGGUCCGGUGUCCUCCGAGCAUGCUCCUUCCGCAAGGCCAUCCGCGUGAUGGCCUAUGUACGACGAUUCCUGCGAGUCCCACGGAUCAGUGGACCCUUAACGGCGGACGAGCUGAGUGAAGCUCGACUGCGCCUGCUGCGGGUUACGCAGCACCGCUUCUUCGCGGAGGAGUUGGGCCGUCUGAAGCGGGGGGGAGCAUUAAUGGUGAGAUCGGCAUUGCGGCCACUCAACCCCAUGAUGGACGAGCGGGACCUCUUGCGGGUGGGGGGCCGCCUGCAAUUCUCAGCGUUACCGAUCGAUGCACGGCAGCCAGUCCUGCUACCGCGACGCUCUCGGCUCGCGACUCUUGUUGUGCGAGAUGCGCACGAACGCACGCUGCACGGGGGAGUGCAGCUUACGUUGCUCACCGUGAGGCGCGAAUUCUGGAUUCCAGCUGGGCGCUCUUUCGUGCGCCAGGUGAUACGGGGCUGUGUGCGCUGCACACGCCAUAAGGGCACCCCGAUCACCCCGUUCAUGGCUCCGCUGCCUCGCGAUCGGGUGUUGCCUCAUCCACCGUUUUCUGCCACCGGGGUGGAUUAUGCUGGACCAGUCGCGGUGCGUCCGUCUCGAGGACGCGGACGUACCACCUCCAAGGGAUAUAUUGCUGUCUUCGUCUGCUUCAGCACGCGCGCUGUCCACUUGGAGGUGGUCAGUGACUAUUCGGCCCCGACCUUCUUAGCGGCCUUUCAUCGUUUCGCGGCCCGGCGGGGCCUGCCGGUUACCGUAUACAGCGAUAGGGGGACCACAUUUGUGGGUGCGGACCGCGAGCUGCGAGGGCAGUUUGAGGUGGUCAUGGCGUUGGGGGAACCGGUCGCGGCCUCCUUGAAUAACCAGGGCACCACCUGGAAGUUCAUGCCUCCUUCAGCUCCGCAUUUCGGCGGACUGUGGGAGGCGGGAGUGCGGUCCGUCAAAUACCACCUGCGACGGGUAAUAGGAGAGCAGGCACUGACCUUUGAGGAGUUCGCCACUCUUCUAGCUCGCAUUGAGGCCUGUCUCAACUCCAGGCCAUUGUGUCCGUUGACGGACGACCCACAGGACUUGGAGGCCCUGACACCUGGACACUUCCUGAUUGGGCGCCCGCUGUUGUGUCCGCCUGAGCGAUCCCUCGGGGACGUUCAGGUCGCGAGGUUGAGUCGCUGGCAGCUGCUCCAACAUAUGACGGAGCAUUUUUGGGAGCGAUGGUCUAGAGAAUAUCUAGCCCAGCUCCAGGUCCGGGGCAAGUGGCUCAUCGCUUCUCGUCCGUUGGACAUCGGCGACCUCGUGCUCUUGGCGGAUAGCCGAUUUCCUCCUACUCGGUGGCCUCUCGGCCGCAUCACCGGCUUGCUGCCUGGCCCGGAUGGGCACGUCCGCGUGGCGCAGGUGCGCACAGCGGACGCGACCUUGACCCGGCCACUGGUCAAGCUGGUGAGGCUCCCUGUGGAUCCGAAGGAGGCUCAUCCCAAUCAACCUUCAACAUGA